CAGCAGGCGUUCUAAUGAAAAAACAGUUUCGUUUGACGUUUCAUGGUUUCGUUCCUAUCGCAUAUUAUUCUUGGCUGAUAGAAAGACCAACAGCAGAGUGAGAAAAUGAUACGGAAUAAUGCAUAUAGUCUCUGUUGAUUGGACACGAGGAACAUUGUUGCGAGUCUAUUUCUAUUUCUUGUUGCUCUUGCUGCUAGGCGCGAGUAUGCAAAGUAUGAGUUUUGCCGCGGUUACAGAAGAUCAGUUUGCAUACGGAACCGUAUUAUUUAACAGCGUCGGGAGAUGUUUCGAUUCGAAUGACCCAACAAUGAUGGAAGCCAAGCGGAUAUUCCAAGACCUCAUGCCGUACCGAAAGAAACGAUUCGAAUCUCUAUCCGAUGAUGUUGUGCAAAGUCUUCUACUGUACUUCACUUCCGUUGGUAGAGUGGUGGACAAGUUGAUAUCAAAAAAUGAUAAGGUCGUUGCCGCUUGGUACGAUACUGUAGGGGACUAUUUGCACAGUUAUCUGUUUCCAGUGACAAAAUACUGUUUUUACUCCGGAAACGUAAGCUACCCGCAGGUAAAAAGCGUCCAGAAGUAUUAUAAGCAAGUGAAAUUGCGACUCGAUACGGAUGGUUAUGGUUGGUCUCAUCCAAGGCUUGAUCCUAGCGCAGUUCAACCAUACGUUCAGGUUCUUAAGUCAUAUCAAAUCUACACAAAUUGUUCAGAGUUAGUUUUUGCCUCGAAUGCUGAAAUCCCUCUUCCAAAGAUAGAACUUGAUGAUGAAUCUCAUAAAGCUAUAUCGUUGUGGGUUCCGCUAAAGUCAAGACAAGUAUACGAUCCUCGGACUAAGGCUUCUUUGUCGGUGCUUAGAAUUUAUGCGGAAACCGUCCUACACUGUACACCCACUGGAAAGCAAACCAUUCAGUUUGCCACCAGAUAUAUUCGGUGGAUCGAUGAAAAUUUGACUAAAUGCCUUUUGGAUGCCGCUUUCUAUCCUGGUUUGGAGUCAAUUCUACGAAUCAAGAAAUCAUUCGAAGCUGAUAUCGCUGUUAAUUCAUUUGUUAAGAAAUCUGUCGCUGAAGAUGCAAAUGAGUUUAGUUCUGCCCCCAGGGGAUUGUUCGCUACCUUGUUGGGGUCCGACGAUCCACCAUCGGAAACGGAAAAUGAAGAUCAAGACGAAUUGACAGAAGAUGAACGACGUUGGAACCGGAUAAAGGUCCUAACGGCAACUCUCUUUUUUGUACUCUUCUUUCUGAUUUUGAUUAUCGUCAUAUCGGUCAAGAUUAGUAUGAAUAGAAAAACGAUGAAACGAAAAGCCGCUGUCAAAAAGGAACACUUCAAGCCACCGAGUCGUAGAAAAUACCUAACGCGAAGAGAAGAUCUGUCAGACGAAGAAGUACUGCUGACGAUGGAGAAACGGCCCAAUCCGUCAGAAACCAGUGGAAGUGGAUGGAGACCCUUUAGGCCUCCAUUACGACGAGACAAAAACCAUCAAGAGCCAACAACCAGCAGACCAGUACCACCAUUCUCCGACACUGAAGAAGACGAGUUUCAUCCGCUACAAACGAACCAAUCGGAGCGAACUCCCCUAAUCGCUGACCAAAGCACGAAGAAAAAACGUCGCUGCGGACGAGGGUGCUUGUGCUUGAUGUGUAUCACGAAGCCAAAAGGCGGACAUGAACUUCACGAUCGGCAAAACAAUUCAGCGUACAAGUUGGCGAACAAAAAGUUGGAUCCAACCAGUAAUCGACAGAAAUCAGAGAGACCACCGAUCAUAAGAACGGACAUGGUGAAAGGGCCGCCAUGAGCAAACAUUCGGAGGAGGAACAUGGGCCGGAUGCUGACCCUAACUAAUAGAUAGGCACAAUUAUGUGAAGGAUGGUGCUGAGCACCGUGUUAGUAACAGUAAACCAGAAAACGCAACACGCAUUCAUAAUAACAACAAUAUCGUUACGAAGCCCAAUACGCGACUGCUUUUUUUAUAGCUAUAUUUUAAGACUCAUAUUUUUGUAUUCUAUUACGAACGCUAAAUAUAUUUUUCAUGUUCAUA